AUGGCCUUUACUCAAGCGGCGACCAUCCCUUGGACCCGGAUCAAAGCCCUCUCCUUCGACAUCUUCGGCACGUUAGUAGACUGGGAAACCGGCAUCGAUAGUACCGCCCGUGCCACAGCCCUGGGUCCCUACCUCCCAGAACGCAAGCAAUUCAUGCAGGCUCUAGGCAAAAUUGACACCGUGGUCCAGAGGAACAACCCAACGAUGCUUCAAAGCGACGUCAUAGCCGAGGGACUUCGCCAAUAUGCAAAACAGAUCAACGUUGUUCAAGACGGCAUAUUGACUCAGGACCAGGUCGAGCAGGCCUGCAAAGAUUACGGCUCCAAGAUCGGCACCUAUGAAGCCUUUCCCGAUACCGAAGACGCAAUCCAACGAUUAUCAAAACACUACAAACUCAUCCCCUUGACAAACGUGGACAACAAAUCCUUCGCUGGAACCAUGAGCCAUGCUCUCAAGGGCUGCCACUUCGACGCCAUCUACACAGCCGAAGACAUCGGCUCAUACAAACCCGAUCCCAAGAACUUCCACUACCUCCUUGAUCACCUGAAAUCGGACUUCGGCGUCGAGAGGGGCGAUCUGGUGCAUGUGGCGCAGUCGCUUUUUCAUGAUCAUGGACCUGCCCGGGAUUUCCAGUUGCAGAGUGUGUGGGUCAAUCGACAGGGGUCAAGAAUAGGGGCGCAGCAUGAUGGUUCGUGGGUUGGUGCACAUGGUGAGGGGAGUGAGAAGGGUGAGCAGGAUGUUUAUGCUUUUCAACUUGAGGUGAAGAGUUUGGGGGAGUUGGCUGCGAUUGUUGAUGCGGCUUUUGGGGUGAAGUCAUGA